UCUGUAGGUAUAAACACGUGCGGUUGUCUGCACCCUGGGAUUCCUAGUUCUGUGGGUUUUGCACCUCUCCGGGGUUUAUGAUGCCGCCCCCCGCAGACAUCGUGAAGGUGGCCAUAGAAUGGCCUGGCGCCUACCCCAAACUCAUGGAAAUCGAUCAGAAAAAACCACUGUCUGCAAUAAUAAAGGAAGUCUGUGACGGGUGGUCUCUUGCCAACCAUGAAUAUUUUGCACUACAGCAUGCUGAUAGUUCAAACUUUUAUAUCACAGAAAAGAAUCGCAGUGAGAUUAAAAAUGGCACAAUCCUUCGACUAACAACAUCUCCUGCUCAAAAUGCACAGCAGCUCCACGAGCGGAUCCAAUCGUCGAGUAUGGACGCCAAGUUGGAAGCCCUGAAAGACUUGGCCAGCCUCUCCCGGGACGUCACCUUCGCCCAGGAGUUCAUCAAUCUAGAUGGCAUCUCUCUCCUCACCCAGAUGGUUGAAAGUGGCACUGAGCGAUACCAAAAGUUGCAGAAGAUCAUGAAGCCUUGCUUCGGAGACAUGCUGUCCUUUACACUGACCGCGUUUGUGGAGCUGAUGGAUCAUGGCAUAGUAUCAUGGGAUACAUUUUCAGUGGCGUUCAUUAAGAAGAUAGCGAGUUUUGUGAACAAGUCAGCCAUCGACAUCUCAAUCCUGCAGAGGUCCUUGGCCAUUUUGGAGUCCAUGGUGCUCAAUAGCCAUGACCUCUAUCAGAAGGUGGCGCAAGAGAUCACUAUUGGCCAACUGAUCCCGCAUCUUCAAGGGACAGAUCAAGAAAUCCAGACAUACACCAUUGCAGUGAUAAAUGCACUUUUCCUCAAGGCCCCAGAUGAGAGGAGGCAGGAGAUGGCAAAUAUUUUGGCUCAGAAGCAACUGCGCUCCAUCAUUUUAACACAUGUUAUCCGAGCCCAGCGAGCCAUCAACAACGAGAUGGCACACCAACUGUAUGUGCUGCAGGUCCUCACCUUCAACCUGCUCGAAGACAGAAUGAUGACCAAGAUGGACCCCCAGGAUCAGGCUCAGAGAGACAUCAUCUUUGAACUCCGAAGAAUUGCCUUUGAUGCUGAGUCUGAACCCAAUAACAACAGCGGCAGCAUGGAGAAACGCAAGUCCAUGUACACCCGGGAUUAUAAAAAGCUUGGCUUCAUCAAUCAUGUGAACCCAGCAAUGGACUUUACACAGACCCCACCUGGAAUGCUGGCCCUGGACAACAUGCUCUACUUUGCUAAGCACCACCAGGACGCCUACAUCCGGAUUGUGCUUGAGAACAGCAGCCGAGAAGACAAGCAUGAAUGUCCCUUUGGCCGCAGCAGUAUAGAGCUGACCAAGAUGCUGUGUGAGAUACUGAAAGUGGGCGAGCUGCCUAGUGAGACCUGCAACGACUUCCACCCGAUGUUCUUCACACACGACAGAUCCUUCGAGGAAUUUUUCUGCAUCUGCAUCCAGCUUCUGAACAAGACCUGGAAGGAGAUGAGAGCAACCUCGGAAGACUUCAACAAGGUAAUGCAGGUGGUGAAGGAGCAGGUUAUGAGAGCUCUUACAACCAAGCCUAGCUCCCUGGACCAGUUCAAGAGCAAACUGCAGAACUUGAGCUACACAGAGAUCCUAAAGAUCCGCCAGUCUGAGAGGAUGAACCAGGAAGACUUCCAGUCUCGCCCGAUUUUGGAACUAAAGGAGAAGAUUCAGCCAGAAAUCUUAGAGCUCAUCAAACAACAACGCCUGAACCGCCUCGUGGAAGGAACCUGCUUUAGAAAACUCAACAGCCGGCGAAGGCAAGACAAAUUUUGGUAUUGUCGGCUUUCACCAAAUCACAAGGUCCUGCACUACGGAGACUUGGAGGAGAGCCCGCAGGGAGAAGUGCCGCACGACUCGCUGCAGGACAAGUUACCAGUGGCAGAUAUCAAAGCUGUGGUGACCGGAAAGGACUGCCCUCACAUGAAAGAGAAAGGUGCCCUUAAACAAAACAAGGAGGUGCUUGAACUUGCUUUCUCCAUCCUGUAUGACUCAAACUGCCAGCUCAACUUCAUUGCUCCUGACAAGCAUGAGUACUGUAUCUGGACGGAUGGACUAAAUGCGCUGCUGGGGAAAGACAUGAUGAGUGACCUGACUCGGAAUGACUUGGACACCUUGCUCAGCAUGGAAAUCAAGCUCCGCCUCCUGGACUUGGAAAACAUUCAGAUCCCUGAUGCCCCGCCACCCAUCCCCAAGGAGCCCAGCAACUAUGACUUCGUCUAUGACUGUAACUGACAUAGCCAGGCCAGAAAAGGCCUUUCCCAAACUGGAAAAAUCUAACUAACGAGAGGAAUGAAGACAUGUCCAUUCCUUGGAAUCCUCUUUGGGGAAAAGGAAGCUGUGGGUUAACAGGUUCUUUGGCCGCACCUCUAGCCCCUACAAUUUUCUGCCUCUACUUGGAGCCUUGCUCCCUUCCCUGGGUCUAUUUCUAAACACCAUUGCUUUAGUUCACUCCCCAAGGCUGCAGUCCACAGGUAGGGAAUGGGCAAACCCCACCACCAGUACAAGAGCCGAGGGGCCCUCCUAUCUCAUUCCUGGCAGGCAGGUAUGUCCUCCCUCCCUAGAGCAGGAGAACCAGGAGGAACACAUUGCCAGAUGCAGACCUGCCAGACGCCAGACCCGGCAUGUGCUCUAAGACCUGCCCUGGGAGAAACAGCCUCGCUACUUGAUGAGAAGACCAAACACCAUCUCCUCUUUCCCCUUCUCUCUAUAGUCUUUCACACAGCCAGUUACAUUUGAAUUAAGAUCUGCUUUCAAAUCCCAUAUCACCUCCCUCCCUCCUUCCCUUUGUCUUGC